UGUCUCAUUUUCAUGCAUUCACAGUCAAGUUCUAGCUUCUUCCCCAAUAUUAUCUAAUUAUGGCCAUUACCUGCUUAGUACAAGAACAAGUUGAUGAUGAUGAUGAUAACUUUUCAACAUCAAUUAGAACAAGGAAUUCAUCUUCUCUGCAAUCUACCCUUGCUUCAUUAGAAUCACUUAGCAUGCCUAUGGUUCAUGAAGUUGUACUCUUAGCAGAUUUCAAAUGUAAGGAUUGCCAGAAGAGAAUUGCUGAUAUAAUAUCGAAAACAAACAGAUUCAACGGGAAAACAGAGUCCAUGAUAGUGAGCAUUUUGGAGAGAAAGGUGACACUGAUUUGUAGAUACCCUGUGAUUGGAAAAGUAACAUCAUUGCCAUCAGUUUUUACCAUAUGUAAGAAGUCUUUCAAUAAAUGUAUGAAGAUCCCUAGUUUUUUUUGCUAUUCCAGUGAUUAAUUCAAGGAAUUAAUCUGGUUUUGUACCUGAGAUAAAUAGACAAUCUUGAUACUACAUAUUAAUAAUUGACAAUAAAUGUAUUUUCAUAAUUUUUAUUUUUAUUUA